UCUUGCUCCACAAACAUUCCUUUCCUUCCACCUUUCCCUCUGUGCGCGGAUUGUGCACAGAAUUGGGUUCAGAAUAUCACAGAACAAGCUUUAUUUUGCACCCUAAAAUAGACAACAACAAAAAAAGGCACACGCACACUCACAAACACAGAGACAGCGUCGUUCCAACUCAACCCCACCCUUUCUCCUGGGCCAAUUAAGACGUCUCGGAAACCUCCCAAGUCCUAACCUCUCAAGUUAGAGAGAGAGAGAGAGAGAGAGAGAGAGAUUGCAAUUCGUAAAUGGAGGUGAUCACCGUGGCGGACACGACCUCGGGCAGCAGAACGGCGGCGUUUUCUUUGUCGACGACGACAACAGUAACACUAACCUCCUUGCUCCCUUCGAACCUCCCCCUUCUCUCGGCCUUUCUCGCCGGCGGUCUUGCUCAGUUCCUCAAGCUCUUUACCACCUGGUAUAAAGAAAAGAGAUGGGAUUCUAAGAGGAUGCUUAAUUCUGGUGGAAUGCCUUCAUCCCAUUCUGCAACUGUGGCGGCUCUAGCGGCUUCUAUAGGUCUCCAAGAAGGAACAGGAGGACCGGCUUUCACCAUUGCAGUGGUCUUGGCAUGUGUUGUGAUGUAUGAUGCCUCAGGGGUAAGGCUCCAUGCUGGUCGCCAGGCUGAAUUGCUGAAUCAAAUUGUGUGUGAGCUUCCUCCAGAGCAUCCUUUAUCCAACAUAAGACCACUACGUGAUUCCCUUGGGCACACUCCACUUCAGGUGGUUGCCGGUGCUGUGUUGGGAUGCCUAGUAGCAUAUUUGAUGAGAAACUCCAAUUAGGAUAUCAAAUGGCCUUUAAUUCUUUUUCCAUAAAUUGGAUACAUUUAAACUGUGUAUCUGUGAUGUUGUGUAUACUCUUAUGGUGGAACUACCAUUCGUGAGCUCCUACUCAACCAUGGAGUUCCUCUUUAAUUCUUCAUUCAAAAUCUCGUUCAGCACAAUGAAAUGGUAGUGCAGCAGCA